AUGACUCUGAACGCUGGAUGGCACAAGGUGUUUUUUGACGUCGGUGACUCGCAGAGAUUAAGAUCGCGCCGUGAAAGUGACGAAGGAACAUCGUCACUUGGUAAGAGGAGAAACAAGACACACACUCUUUGCCGACGGUGUGGAGCUAAAGCACUUCAGCUGCAGAAAUCUACCUGCGGUAACUGUGCCUACUCUGCCAAGAGACAGAGGAAGUAUUACAGGAGUGUGAAAGCCAAAAGGAGAAACACAACUGGCUUAUAUCACACUAGGCACCUGAAGGUGUUUCGGAGGUUCAGGAAUGGAUUCUGUGAAGGCACCACCCCAAAUCCCAGACAUGCUUCUUCUAGCACUGCAUAA